CACGUCAAAAGCAAGAUGUCUGUGAACGAGGUGUACGUGUUCCGGCCCUUCAAGCUGAUCGCGCUGCUCUGCGUCUUCCUGGCGCUCUGCCUGGACGUGGUGGCUCUGCUGAGUCCGGCGUGGGUCACCGCCGACCACUUCUCCCUGUCCCUGUGGGAGUCCUGCUCCCAGGCCAGGGCCCGGCACCCCGCGGAGGAGGCUGAGUGGAGCUGCUUCUCCACCCUCACAUCUGACUGGCAGAUUGCCACCCUGGUGCUGCUGGGGGCCGGGGCCGUGGCCACCCUGGUGGCCUUUCUGGUGGCCCUCAUUUCCCUCUGCAGGGGAACCCAGAGGCAGCACUACCGCGUCGUGGCUGUGUUCCUCUUCACUGCAGUGGUCCUGCAGGCCUGCGCUCUGGUGCUCUACCCCAUCAAGUUCAUCGACGGGACCGUCCUGCAGACCUAUCACGAGUUCAACUGGGGCUACGGGCUGGGCUGGGGAGCCACCAUCUUCAUGCUGGGCGGAGGGAUCCUCUUCUGUCUGCGGACGGACAUUUACGAGGACGCCAUGUAUUAGAGGGUUUCCAGCUCAGGGGCUGGCCAUACCUACAUAAGCACACAGAGACUUUUUUUCUUCGCGCCCCACACGGCCUCUCUGCGAGCACAGACCCUUUUCCUCAGUUUCUUCUGCCGUCUUGCUCUCUCGGUUAUUUUUAGACAGGUUGCGAAGUCCUUAUUUAGGACAGGGCUGUGUGAAUAGAAUGUGCCCCCACACCCCCGCCCCCGCCCCCACCCACUCACUGCUGCCUGUCCCUCAGCGUUUCUGGUAUCCGGGACGAGAUAGCAGCUCUAAAGCCCAGAUCUUUCUGGACAGGCCUGAGCCUCCAUUGCUGGACGUUUCCACUGAGCGGGAUGUCUAUUGUUAAAGAAAAAAGCAGCGCAGACCUGAAUGUGCAGCGGCUGAUCCAUGUCCACAUUUCCCUUUUUUAUUGUUUUUUUUAUACCUUUUCUUGAUCAGAAGCUUGUUUCGCAUAUUUAUAGCCUCAUAUUCUGCUUCAGAAACAGUGAUACGCACUCUCUGUAUCUUGCCUGCAACAUAUUUAGUAAGUGUAAAUUAGCUGACUUUGAUACAUGCUAUAAAGUGUGAUGCUGGUUUGGAAAAUCAAAUCAAACAAGUUUGUCUCAGAAAUUGUAAAUGUGUACAAAGUAUUUCUACAUGAAGGACAUUUAAAAAGAAAUAAACAACAAUAGUUUUGGGAGCAUUGGGAGUGUUAAUUAUUGUUUGCAAUACUUGGAUUGAGCAGCUGCAGUUUGUGGUUCACAAACUGCCCACUGACAGAAUUUUUGGAGCCAUCAGGGGUGCCCGUCUUUGUAAAACGGACAGCAAUGAAACAAAAAUGCAAACCACUUCAUUAUCCAGAGCACGCAUUCCUCAGAGCAGAGCACGCCACGCUAUUUAAAGAGAUACCUCCAGGUUGCCAGUUUUGACCUAACUUGUGUGGGAAAAUAUAAAGCAUUCAAUGAAACAUGAGCAACAUUUUUUUGUCCUGACUACAAAAGUAAUUUGGUACGGAGUUGGCCAGUACAGUUGAUAUAAGUAGGAUUUACGUUUUUUUCCUUUCGAACUAUCAUGGGUCACCGGCAAUGCAUAGCAUAGGCUGAAAGUUCUGGUUGUGUUGAGCAU